AUGGAGCUGCUCGCAAUCAUCACCUAUCCUCUUAGCUUUCUUUAUGCACAUUUUUGGCUGGUUUCUUUCCUGUCUUUGAUAGCGGCUGUCGUUUUCUGGAUUUUCUUUUCAAAUCAGGAUACUUCACCUUCAUCUUCUAUUUGUAAUACACCGGAAAACGGAAGUACCCCACGACGGGUAUCAGUUAUUCGAGAAAUUGACGAAAAUGAUCCCACAAAGCAUUCCGAGCACCUCAAUGAACAACUACAAAAACGAAGAAUGCGAAAGCGGGAUUGGGCGAAGAAAAUCUACAGGAGUUUUAUGCAAUCGGAUUCAACCGGGAGAUCAACUCCAUCUGAUGAUGUAGGUGAGGAUCGUGAACGUCGCAAGCUUAGUCGUCGGCAUUCAACUGCAAAUCCGUUACAAAUGGCGCGAGAGCUUAUCAAACGAGGAAGAACACGGUAUUUUCGGCAAAAUUCUGAAAUCAAUCGAGAGGCUUUACCACGUCCUCCAAUGGAAUUCUUUGAACCAGCUGAUUUACCAGAAAUUCCGCAAAAUCUCAAACCUGAAGUUUUCUAUGUGCUGCAUAACUUAAAGAUGCUUGAAUUGCCAGCGCAGUGGCGAUUAGAUCCGAAAGACAUCAACGUCUCCGAAUACGCUAAAGAUCAAUAUAUCAUUCGUCCCGGUGAUGAUGACGAUAGCAUGUUUGUCCCGAUAGAAGGCACUUUGGCUGUAUAUAUUGCUUGUAAUGAAGGAAAGGAUAGCAAAGAAUAUUUGGUGAAGAAGAUUUCUCAAGGUUCCGCCUUUUUCUCGUUACUUUCUAUGCUCGACAUUUUGAUGAACUGCCCAUCUGUAUUCAAAACCGUUUCGGUAAAGGCCAUAGAACCAUCAAAAGUUGCUCAAUUUUCAAUUCGUUGUUUUGUUGAAGCCUAUAAACAAGACCCUCAAGCGUGGUCUCGGCCAAUUCAGAUUGUUUGCACUCGCUUGCUUCACGUGACAAUGACGACAUUGCAUAAUUACAUGGGAUUGAGUUCAGAAUUGAUGAAACCUCGUCUACGAGAGCCACGACCACCUGCAAACUCAAUACCGAAUCAAGAAGAAACACGAAGGCGCUAUCCAUCCGAUCAUGCUCACCCUCGUCCACCCCGAGCACAGUCACUUAGCCGCAAGCCGGUUCAAAGUGAAUUCCUUGAAGCCAAACCUGAGCAACAGUUUGAAAUGGCUUGUCGUUGGCUAGCUGAAGCUCUCCAAUUGAAGGAAAACGAAGACUGGCGCUUUUUACAAUGCAUUACCAUUCAAAAAUUCGAAGAAGGCGACACUUUGGUGGAGCAAGGCAGUGAAGAGGAACAAUUGGGAUUAGUUUUAACUGGGCAAAUUCUCAUGAAGCAAGACCCUGUGUUUGAAGUUGAAGACGAUGAUACUGAGGCAGAAGAAAAAUGGACCGCAGUAGUAAACCCGCGAGAGCUUAUCGGUGGAUUACAAGUUCUGACAAAUGAGCCGUCCUUUUACACCUAUAAAGCCAAAACGGAUGUGACUAUUGCGAUUCUCCAAAAGCACGACAUAGUUACAUUGAUUGAAAGACGACCGAUGGUGUAUUUGCCAAUUGCACACUCUGUUCUGUCGCGUCUUUCACCAUUUGUGCGUGGAGUUGACUUUGCACUUGAUUGGGUGCUUCUUGACAGUGGACAAGCCGCAUAUAGAGCUGGGGAUAUUGCUGAUUCCUUGUUUGUAGUGCUAUCUGGUCGAUUGCGUUCAGUGGAGAAGAAGACCGUCAUUGAAGAGUUUGGCCGUGGAGACGUACUUGGCAUGAUUGAAUUGCUGCAGAAGAAGCCACGGUCCACAACCGUAUUGGCCGUUCGUUUUUCGCAACUCGCCCGUGUUCCCGAAGGGUUGCUCAAUUUUAUCAAGCUCACUUUUCCACAGGUUGGAUUUCGGCUGGUUCAGUUGCUAGGCCAAUACUAUACGUCGUCACAUCGCCGUUCUAUGCUUUCACCGCCUGGAAUGCCACGAUUUAACGAUCAACCAGGAGCAGAUCCGAUGAGUCAUAUUAAGAACUUGCAUACCAUUGCUGUUGUGCCUGCGUCUUCUGAUGUUCCUUUGACGUCGUUUACUUGCGAAUUAUAUCAUACUUUGAACGUUAACUGCAGGGUUUUGCGUUUGAGUUCACAAAAAGUUGCUUCUUGUCUCGACGCUGGAGUUCUGGAAAAACAAGCUGAUUUUCGAUUGAUGCAUUGGCUCAAUGUGCAAGAAGACACUUAUCCACUUGUAAUUUACGAAUGUCUACGUCAAGCUGACGCUAUUUUGGUUGUAGGAAUUGGCACUCAAAAGCCGCCAAAGCAAUCUUUACUUGAUGAGGUUUUAUCGAUGAAUCAACAAGACGGGUUGCGAACCAAUAAGGAGUUGAUUCUUUUGUGGCCCGAAAAUACAGCGAUUCCAAGCGGGACAUACGAAUGGCUCAAAGGCUCGUACUUUUCUGGUCACCACCACAUCCGAGCUCCUGCGCGCAUGUUUUUGUGGAAAAAAGUGGAUGGCAAAGCUUCUCUCUCAGAAUCCGACACUACACUGGAGCGCGAUGUGAUCGGAUAUUAUGAGCAACAUGUAUUUUGGGAAAAAGUGGAUUUUCGUUGUGAUUUUGCUCGGCUCGCUCGAAUUCUUACUGGCAAUGCAAUUGGUCUCGUUCUUGGUGGUGGUGGAGCCAGAGGUGCCGCGCAUGUUGGAGUAAUCCGUGCUAUGCGAGAACUUGGAAUCCCAGUUGAUGUUGUUGGGGGAACUAGCAUCGGUUCUAUGAUUGGAGGUAUUUUUGCAGAGACACCCGACCCAAGUCUUGAAUUGAGGGCGAAAAGUUGGUUUAUGGUGAUGUGUUCUCUAUGGAGGAAAAUUUGGGAUCUUACUUAUGCUCAUACAGCUAUGUUCACGGGUGCCGGCUUUAAUCAGUCCCUUAGUACCUUAUUCGGCGACCGGGAAAUUGAAGAUUUAUGGAUUCCAUACUUUUGUAUUUCCACUGACAUCAGCACUUCAGAAAUGCGGGUUCAUCGUUCUGGACGACUCUGGACCUACGCUCGAGCAUCAAUGUCAUUAGCUGGAUAUCUGCCACCAAUCUGUGAUCCACGGGAUGGGCAUCACUUGCUUGACGGAGGUUAUGUCAACAAUCUUCCUGCCGAUGUUAUGCGGUUUGUCAUGGGUACUCGGGUCGUCAUUGCCGUCGAUGUCGGAUCUGUCGAGGAAACAAAUCUAUUCAACUAUGGUGACAGUCUAUCAGGAACAUCCCUUCUCUUCAGAAAGUUCAAUCCUUGGGCUGAGCCGAUUCGCAUUCUAAACAUGGAAGAAAUCCAGACAAGAUUGGCCUUUGUUUCUUGUGUACGGCAACUUGAAACGGUGAAAAAAGCUUCAUAUUGUUGUUAUCUCCGUCCUCCAAUCGAACCUUUCAAAACGCUGGAUUUUGCGAAAUUCGACUUAAUCGCGGAGACUGGGUAUAAAUAUGGUACAAGUAUUCUUGCUGAUUUGAUGCUUAACAAUGAAAACUUGCGCGAGGCUUUGGGUGGAAUUAUUGCCGUGAGUGGUCUUACCCGACAACAGAGCAGGAAGGAGCGCCGUUUGGACAGAUCCAUUACUUCGUCAUUUACUGAUUUGGCGGCGGCUCUUUCAAAAGUUCCUACUUUUGGACGACGAAGAAAUUCAAUGUCGGCUAUGGAUCAAUUCGAUCAGCAACAAAUGGAUGAAAUAUUGGAAGAUUUGAUGUGCUCAGAAGAUUCUGAAAAUGAAUUUGGCCUUUCAUCUGAAUUUGGAGACACUUCUGAAGCAGAAACUGAGCCACCGAUGAGAAUGACCACACCCCGUCCUAAAAAGAUU